AUGGAGAACCUCCACUCCUCUAACACCUCGAUCUUGGACCCCACCCCCCUGGAUUUCGUCAUCCUGAUUUCAAGCAUUGUCCUGGGGCUGUGUGCUGGGCCUCCCUGGUAACAUAGCUGUCCUGGUGGUCAUCCUGUGCCGCUCGCCCCGACGCCCUAACUUUAGCCUGUGCCUCAUGCUGAUCCUGGUGUCCUCCAACAUCCUAUGCCUGGCCACUGUGCCCCUGUGGAUCUACACUGAGUCUGCAAAACAUUAGGAAAGCCUUACUAAUAUUGAGUUGCACUCCCUUUUACCCUCAGAACAGCUUCAAUUUGUUGGGGCAUGCAUUCUACAAGGUGUCAAAAGUGUUCCACAGGGAUGCUGGCCCAUGUUGAUUACAAUGCUUCCCACAGUUGAGUCAAGUUGGCUGGUAGUGGAUCUCUACUUCGAAUAGCUCGUUCCAUCUUAUCCCACAGAUGCUCAAUUGUAUUGAGAACUGGUGACUGGGCAGACCACUGCAGUAAGCUGAAUUCACUGUCAUAUUCGUGGAAUCAUUCCUGGACAAUCCUAGCCUUGUGGCAUGCGGCAUUAUCCUGCUGAAAUAAUCUAUUCGCAGAUGGAAACACUGCUGCCAUGAAGGGUUGCACCUGUUAGUCAAUGAUGUUCAGAUAUCCUGUGGCAUUCAAACGUUGCUCCACUUUUAUCAAUGUGUGCCAUGAAAACAUACCCCACACCAUCACACCACCACCAGCCUGUACUCACGUGGUUUUCUCCAUACCCUAGUCCUCCCAUCAGCGUGAAACAGCAGGAACCGGAAUUCAUCAGACCAGACAAUGUUUUUCCACUUCUCCAGUGUCCAGUGUUUUCGUUCCUUAGCUCACUGCAACCACAGUUUCUUGUUUUUUGCUGACAUAAGUGGAACUCUGUAAGGUUGUCGGCUGCCAUACCCCAUUCGUCUCAAGGUACGACGAGUUGUGCAUUCUUUUAUGGGUCUUUGGGCACCAAUGUUGUACUGGACUAACUGUAGUCCGUCUGUUGCUCUGCACUCCUUUGUCCCCUUUAUCAAUUACCCGUUUUCGACCACUGGCCUGCCAUUGGCUGGAUGUCCUUUGGGUGGUGGAUCAUUGUUGAUACACACUGGAUACUGUUGAGCGUGAAAAACCCAGCAGUGUUGCAGUUUUUGUCACACUCAAACUGGUGCGCCUGGCACCUAGUACCAUACCCUGUUCAAAGACAUUUAAUUAUUUUGUCUUGCCCAUUCACCCUCUGAAUGGCACAAAUACACAAUCCAUGUCUCAAUUGUCUCAAGGCUUAAAAAUCCUUCUUUAACCUGUCUCCUCCCCUUUAUCUACACUGCUUUAAGUGGAUUUAAGAAGUAGCUUUCACCUGGAUUCAACUGGUCAGUCUAUGUCAUGGAAAGAGCAGGUGUCCUUAAUGUUUUGUAUACUCAGUGUAUAGCUUGAAACUAUCUUCUUAGUGUUGUGUGCUACAUUUUAACAUUUCUAUUUGUGAGAAUCAGGUUGGCUGUAGCCUGAAUGACAAAAUCGGAAGUAUCUCUCUCUCUCUUUCUCUCUCUCUCUCUCUCUCUCUCUCAGACUCUGUUUUCUAGUGUACAGACUGUUUUAACUGUAUCUAUUUUGGGGUGUCCAGCACCUGCAAAAAAACAAGAUUAGAAGUCUACUGUUUUCCAGAUAGCUCUUAGAUAUCUUACUAUUUCACCGACCAUAGAGAACCUCAACUCCAACACCUCUAUCUUAUUCAACUCCUCCAACACCUUGUCUUAUUCUUUCACUGACCAUGGAGAACCUCAACUCCUCCAACACCUCGGGCCACCUGAUUUCGAGCAUCGUCUUGGGGCUGUGCUGUGUGCUGGGCCUUCCUGGUAACAUAGCUGUCCUGGUGGUCAUUGUGCGCUGCUAG